AUUUCAGUAUUUCACAUUUUUUCCGAGCAAAUUUCUUUUCUGCGAAGCAAGCAAUGGACGCCUUCACCUCCUUCUUCGAUUCCCAAUCGUCUUCAAGGAACCGCUGGACUUACGAGUCGCUCAAGAAUUUCCGUCAGAUCUCUCCCGUCGUUCAGAAUCAUCUCAAACUGGUCUACCUCACGCUAUGCUGUGCUCUCGUUGGUGCGGCUGCUGGAGCUUACCUGCAUCUUAUCUGGAACAUUGGUGGCCUUUUAACAACUCUGGCCACAGUGGGAUGUACUAUCUGGUUACUCUCCACCCCUCCCUAUGAAGAGAAAAAGAGGGUUUCUCUACUAAUGGCGGCUGCAACCUUUCAAGGGGCUACUGUUGGUCCUCUUAUUGAUCUGGCCAUUAACAUGAACCCAAGCAUCCUGAUCAGUGCCUUUGGGGGAACUGCUUUGGCCUUUGGUUGUUUCUCAGCAGCAGCCAUGUUGGCAAAGCGCAGAGAAUACCUUUACCUUGGGGGCUUGCUCUCUUCGGGCGUGUCCAUCCUUCUCUGGUUGCGAUUUGCUUCUGCCAUCUUUGGUGGUUCAGCUUCCCUUUUUGAGUUUGAGUUGUAUUUUGGGCUUAUGAUUUUCGUGGGCUACAUGGUAGUCGACACCCAGGAGAUGAUCGAGAGGGCACACCUUGGUGAUCUGGACUAUGUGAAGCAUGCCCUAACCCUUUUCACUGAUUUUAUUGCUGUUUUUGUUCGCAUACUCAUCAUCAUGUUGAAGAAUGCUGACAAGAAUGAGAAGAAGAAGAAAAGGAGGGAUUGAGCUGUUUUCCCCUGGAUAACAAGAGUGCAUACAAAGGCAACAAUCAGAGUUGCAUGUCAAUAGGGUUUUAUGUCCAACUUUGGAUACACCAUAAUUUCUGUUAAUAUUCCCUACUUUUGUGGGUGGUAGACUGGUAGUGGUUUUCUGGUGUUGCUGCUGGUUGUGGCAUGGCUACUUGCAGAAUGCUUGGACCUAUUAUAAGCUACUGUAAACCUGACGAGUUUAGUGUUGAUAAAUGUCUUUUGCUGUA